CCACUUCCUACUUCCGCAAACACAGCUCGUUGUAGCUUCCCUGUAUAUCGGUUUGACCAAUGCGGUGGUCGACUUCAGUCCGUCGUCUCCUGGCUCUUUUUAAUAAUUCCAACGGAUCCGACAUUUAUGACUGAUUGAUCCAACAUCAUGACGGCCAACAGCCGCUGUUCUGCCGCCGAGCCUCCGGGCCUGGAGACCCAGCGGCGGGAGAUCGAGUCUCUGCUGCGGGAGUGUGAGCUCCGCGCUGGGGACAGUUGGUACGUGAUGGAGCGGCGCUGGUAUGAGCAGUGGAAGGAGUUUGUGGAGACGGGAGACCAGAACUCGUCUUCUUUUCCCGGUCAGAUCAACAACGCUGAGCUGUUUGAGGACCUGGACUCGUUCCACCUGAAGGAGCGCCUGGUGGAGAACGAGGACUUCAUGCUGGUGCCGGCCGACGCCUGGCACCGCCUGCUGGGCUGGUACGGCGCCGUGGAGGGGCAACCGGCGCUGGAGCGCAAGGUGGUGGACCUGCCCAGCACUCUGAAGGUGGAGGUCUACCCCGUCGAGAUCUUCCUCUGCCUCCACAGCAACAUGGAGAACGUCAUAACGGCCCAGUUCAGCCGCACUGACAGCAUACUCUCCAUCCAGAGGGCGAUGUGCGAUGCCUUCAAAGUGCCUCCGGGAUCAGAGUGCCGUCUGUGGAUGAAGAGUUCUGACAGCAGCUGUGAGCGUCUGAGAAACGUGCACGUGAGCGUGCUGGAUGCCUGUCUGAGCUCAGCCAUGACGGUGAUCAUGGAGACGAGGAAUGCAGACGGCACCUGGCCCAGCUCCAGACCUCAGAUCAUGAGGAACUCACUGGAGGAUCAGGACUCGUAUCGAGGACAGCCGGGGGUCUGUGGCCUCACCAACCUGGGCAACACCUGCUUCAUGAACUCUGCUCUGCAGUGUCUGAGCAACACGCCACCUCUGACGGAGUACUUCCUGCUGAGCUCCUACCUGGAGGAGCUGAACUUCACCAACCCGCUGGGCAUGAAGGGCGAGAUCGCCGAGGCCUACGCCGACGUCAUCAAGCAGAUGUGGUCCGGCAGGCAUUACUCGGUGGUGCCGCGCGUCUUCAAGACGAAGGUGGGCCACUUUGCGUCCCAGUUCCUGGGCUACCAGCAGCACGACAGCCAGGAGCUGCUGUCCUUCCUGCUGGACGGACUCCACGAGGACCUCAACCGGGUCAAGAACAAAGAGUACAUCGAGCUGAGGGACGCCGAGGGGCGACCGGACCAGGAAGUGGCUGAGGAGGCGUGGCGUAACCACCGCCGACGGAACGACUCUGUGAUCGUCGACACGUUUCACGGCCUCUUCAAGUCCACGCUCGUCUGUCCGGAGUGCCACAAGGUGUCCGUGACCUUUGACCCCUUCUGCUACCUGAGCGUCCCGCUUCCUGUCAGCAAGGAGCGCGUGAUGGAGGUCUUCUUUGUGUCUCUGGACCCGCAUGCCAAGCCGGCUCAGCAUCGCGUCGUGGUUCCUAAAGCAGGAACCGUUUUGGACCUCUGUGCUGCUCUGUCAGAGAUGACCGGCGUUCCUUCAUCACAGAUGGUUGUAGCUGACGUCUUCAACCACCGCUUCUAUAAGAUCUACAACUCCAAUGAAUGUCUGAGCUGCAUUCUGGACCGAGACGACAUCUUUGUGUACGAGCUCAGCGUGCUGGAGCAGCAGCAGGAGGAGGAGGCGCGGGGGGAGGAGGUGCUGCUGGCGCUCUACCUGAGGGAGCGAUCCCACUACAGAGACUACGGCUCCGGGAGCAGCUCGUAUGGGACGUCCCUGUUCGGACACCCCCUGCUGCUCCGUGUGCCGCGAGGCCGCUGCAGCCGGGAGGAGCUCUACACGCUGUUCCUGCAGAGGCUGGCGCGCUAUGUGCGACCUCCCGAUCCCUCUGAGGAGUUGGAAGAGGAGGAAGAGGAGGAAGGAGAGGAGGAAGAGGAGCUCUAUCAGAGUCAGACCAACGGCAUCAGUGACGAGGAGCAGGAGGAUGCUGAGAAAGCAGGGCCGUCUCAAACGCAACGCUGGUGCGGCGACUCGCCGGCAAACGGCCAAUCAGACGAGACAGCCGUCAACCACACACCACCCACUUUGGUGGACGGUGAUACGGAGCCCAAGAGGCCGACUGAGCCCAUCAGCACCAGCACCACCAGCCCCCCCAGCACCACCAGCUGCACUGACGUGGGUUACCCCAGCGGGGACGCGAGCGGAUCCAACGAGCCGCCGGCAGACCAACCUCAUCCGCCAAGCGACACCACAGAAGAAGAAAAAGAAGACGACAAGCAGGAAGAGGCGUGUUCCCCGAGCCCACCGCCCAAUGAGCAGCCGGCAAAGAGGAAGGCGUGUUGCCGAAGGAGGCGGAGUCUGUUCACCAUCCAGGCUGUGAACUCCAACGGGACCACGGAGAGAGGGACGGGGGAGGGGGGGAGCGCCGUGUCCUUCAGCUCUCAGCCCUACGUGGCCAUCGACUGGGACCCGGACAUGAAGAAGAGAUUCUACAACGAGAACGAGGCCGAGAAGUACGUGAAGCACAGCAGCAUGGAGGUUCCUCAGCAGCAGACCACAGUGCAGCUGCAGGAGUGCAUCGAGCUCUUCACCACUGUGGAGACACUGGAGGAGGAGAACCCAUGGUACUGUCCUGUGUGUAAGAAGCACCAGCUGGCCACCAAGAAGCUGGACCUCUGGUGUCUGCCUGAGGUCCUCAUCAUCCACCUCAAGAGGUUCUCCUACACGAAGUUCACCAGAGAGAAGCUAGACAGCAUCGUGGACUUCCCCCUCAGGGAUCUGGACUUCUCCGGGUGCCUCCUGAGGAAGAGUCUGUCCAAUGGGGAGCCUCCGAGCUGCUAUGACCUCAUCGCUGUGUCCAAUCACUAUGGAGGGCUCAGAGACGGCCACUACACCAGCUAUGCGCAGAACAAGGACAACGGUCAGUGGUACUACUUCGACGACAGCAAGGUGACCUUCGCCCGGGAGGACCAGAUCGUGACCAACGCCGCCUACGUCCUGUUCUACCAUCGACAAGACCAGAUCAGGAAGCCCACCCUGCCCCCCCCCAGCCUGAGCCCCGCCGCAGCCAACGACAUCACCUCCUGCAAGGAGGAAGAAGCGGAGCUGGCCGCCUCCUCCUCCUCGUCCUCCGUUACCAUGGAGACGGACUAAAUCACUUGGUCUUAGUUUGAAUGGAAUUCAGUGAUGAUUUUUGUUUUCUUUCAGGCAGGACUUUUUAUGUCAUUUAUCUUAAAUUAUUUUUUCCACAAAGACUUGAACUUUCUCUGAUUUCUUCUUCUUCUCCUCCUAUUUUGUGCAGCACUGGUCUCAGAUCAGCUGGUCUUCUCUACAUGGAGACACUCAGGUAGUUAAUCAGCUUUUAUGAUCCUCAGAACGUUCCAGCAACACAAGGAGCACCCAGUAAGCAACGAGAGGUUUGUCCUCAAUGAAGAAUUGGAUUUUUAAAAAGGAAUACAAAUAAAUGACUUCAAUAUUUUAGUGAUUUAUUCAAAGUCCUUUUUAGAAUUCAGUUAUUCAUUCAGCA